UAUUUGAUUUCUUCAUAGCUAUGGCAGCAGCAAAAUCAGAAGCCGCUAAUCCUGGUUCGCAAGAGCACUUGGUGAAAUAUGAUGAAGAGCUAUCACAAGAAUGCCAAAAACUCAUCACCACCUUACCCAUGGAAGUAGAUUGGUUUGCAGACCAGCUCUAUCAAUACCAAGGUUUCUGGUACCAGAAGAGACUAAUUCAAGGAAUCGUCAACUGCCAGAACCACUUCCAAGCCCAAGACUCUGACAUUCUCAUUGUCACCCCACUAAAAUGUGGAACCACCUGGCUCAAAGCCCUUACUUUCUCUCUCAUCAACCGCAAAACGUAUGAUAUGAAACCAAAUUUAGACGCAACCCAAGCCAUUGCACCACACCCUCUCCUCACUACCAACCCUCAUGAUUUGGUCCCAAACUUUGAGUAUGAUCUUUACUUUAGCACCAAGAAUCCUGAUCUAAGCUCAUUCCCAUCACCAAGGCUCCUUUCUAGCCAUAUGCCGUAUGCUUUGUUGCCAGAGUCAAUAAAACAGUCAAGAUGUAAGAUGGUGUUCUUGUGUCGAGACCCUAAGGAUGUGUUCAUCUCAUUAUGGCACUUCAUGAAUAGGUUAAGACCAGAUGUUCAAGAGUUCAACACCAUCGAGUACUUGUUUGAGAAGUUUCGUCGAGGAAUGAGCUUGUUUGGGCCAUUUUGGGAUCACGUGUUAGGGUAUUAUAAGGAGAGUUUGGAGAGGCCAGAAAAGAUAAUGGUUUUGAAGUACGAGGAGCUUAAGAGUGAGCCGGUAAGGGUUUUGAAGGACUUGGGAAAAUUUUUAGGGUAUGGUUUCUCUGAUGAGGAAGAACAGAAUAGUGAUGUUAUUGGUGAUAUAUUGAGGCUUAGUAGUUUUGAGAAUUUGAGAAAUUUGGAAGUGAACAAAAGUGGAAAAUUGGUUUCAGGGAUAGAAAAUAAGACUUAUUUUAGACGUGGAGAAGUUGGAGAUUGGAAGAAUUUUUUGACAGUUGACAUGAUCAAACAGCUCGAUGCUAUUACCGAAGAGAAGUUUGGAAAGUACGGCUUGAAGUUUUAGGCCUAUGUGCUCCUUGAUCACAUUGAAUCUACUCAAAAUGGCCAGGGUGCAUGCAUUCCGAAGCUUGAAGAAGAAUAAUCAUUCAGCACAAUCAUGAUUACGUUCUCUUUGUUAAUUUGAUGACUGUUGGACAUGAGGAUGAUGCCUCGAGGUUCCAAUGCUUGGUUGGAUCUAGUGCAAUUGUGAAUGGAUUUAAUUGUUGUUCAGUCUAUAAAAAAAAAAAAAACUCGUGUUUUGAUUAAACUUCUAUGCGACUCUAUUCAUGAGGAAUUAUCUUCUUCUCCAAGUUCUGAAUGAUCAAACUUAGCAUCUUUUCUUUUUGUUGAUAACAAAGGGAGGAAGAAAGGAGAAAAAGUUGAGCAUAGAUGUGCUUGUCAAGUUAUUUGUUUAUUUUAAUUAUAAACUUCCAAUGUAUUUUAUUU